CGGCCAUGGUGCGGCGCUACAUGUUAUAAAUUGCCGGCGCAAUGGGAGAAAGAAGGAAGAAAGAAAAAAAGACAGUACCCAUCUCACUAAAUCAUUAAUUUUGUUCCUUACGACGGCAGAGAAACAGAGUCGGGCAGAGAAACAGAGUCGGCGACUGGAAAAACAAAAGGAGGGUUCUGAUCGAUGAUAAUGGAAGUUUUGGGAGGAAGAGUAGUAGCGUUUGCAGCCACGGCUCUUCUGUUAACUUCCAUCUUUCUUCCGGUACUCCCACCGGCGGCUUCAUCUCGCCACCGCCGAUCAUCCCCACCUCCCACUUCCUCUUCUCCCUCUCCCACCGGCGAUGACAGUGGGGCAAAGUUGGAUCAGGCGAUAGCGUUUGGUCUGAUGGUGUUGGCAUUGGCCGUCACCUACAUUGUCCAUUGAUGUCAAGAGAGACAGAGUAGUACAGAUCUUGGUUCUUUCUUUUGGUCUGGUGUUCUUCCCA